AUGUUUAGGGAUGUGCAAACUGAGUUUGUGAAGAAAACUAAUUGUAGAAUCUCUGUAGUUGCUGAAGAGGGGCCAUCGAUAUGCAUGAAGGUGGAAGAGGAAAACUUAGUCAACGAUACUAUUCUUUGUGUUCCAUACGACAUCCACUUUGAUAGUUCCACACAGGAGGUUCGUUGUGAGUGUAAUCUUUUUGAGAGUUCAGGUGUGUUAUGCUGUCACUGUCUUGCAGUUUUUCAUUCGUAUAAAGUGUAUAAAGUACCUACAUAUUAUGUUCUCCCUCGAUGGAGCAAGAACAUAAAGCGCAAGCAUACUUAUGUCAAGAGUAGUCACGACUUCAGUCGGUCGGAUGAGAGUCAUACUGAAUUCAGGGGAUCAUGUGCACACUUCUACAACAUUGCUCAAGAGUUCGUCAAUGACGACGACAAAACAACAUUGCUGCAUGCUGCUCUGGAAGAAACAAGGGCCAAGCUGACCGCGCACCAUGCCAAGAAGAGGUUCGAGAGCAUGGUGGAUACCCACACCAGCAUUGGCUCACAGGGUUCAAACGUUGUUGAUGUAGUCGACAUCCAAGUCCCAUUGAAGGUCACCACAAAGGGCCGGCCAAAGAGUAGGAGGCUCGGUGUUGGCCUGGAGAAGUCCUUCAAGAAAUCUGCUUGGAGCAAAAAUAAGAAUGCCUCCCAAUAUUCGUGGAUGGUUAUUCUUCGGGUAAUUGAACCUAUACUACGUGUAUCAUGCAUUCCAAAUGAAUCACUAGAUCUUGUGUCAACACUAGUGAUCAUGAUGUCAACACUUAACAUAUUCAAGUCAAAUAUGAAAUACGAAAGAGAUAUACCUGUGCUAAGACAUAAUAAACCGGAUGUUCGGUUCAAUAUGGAUCUAGAUGGUUACUUUCAUAAACAAAAUAAAUGGUCAUUUUGA